AUGUCUGAGGGAGCUUACCAACGCCUCUGGGACUCCUCCCACGUGACGCUGCAAGAGCUGCUGGACCAAGAGCAGCCCCUGCUCGAACCCGUGCCCAACCGGGAGCGGGAGCGGCAGUCCUUCCAGUACAGGCUCUCCUCGCUCUACCUGUACUACCUGGGGCUGCUGCGCCGGUUCGAUACCCUCUACGACCAGAUGGUGCAGCCGCAGAAGCGGCGGCUGCUGAGGCGCCUGCUGGACGGUGUGGCGGGCCGCGUGCUGGAGCUCAAGGACGAGCUGGUGCGCGCAGACCUGUGCGAGAACCACUGUCUGGACCACGUGCUGCACGACCUCAAGCUCACCCCGGCAGACCUGGAGGUCCCGAUCCCCAAAUACUUCCAGCUGGAGCAGUCCAGCAUUCUGAGGGAGCGAGGGCAGAUACUGGCAGAGAUCCUGUCCAAAAUGGAAACGCUGUCCCUCAAGGAGAGCUUUCUGGAAAUGCACCGGACCGACGCCAUAAUCCUCCUGCAAUCGGCUGAGCGGGCCAGGCAAGGCCGGCUCCGAGCCACCUUCAUGCGAGAGAUUCGGAGAGAGAAAAAAAAGAUGAGGGAGGACGGGCGGCACAAGUUCAGUCAGGACCAAGCGGCUAUCACCAUACAGAAGGUGUGGAGAGGUUACCUGCAGAGGAAGCGCACUCUGCAGGACCGGCAAACAGAGAUGGAAUUCAUUGGCAUGCUCCCCUUGCCCAACCAGGUGGCACCCUUGGGCGUCAAGACCAUCGCCGGCCUCGGGGACAGUGUACGGAGGCUCCUCCAGGUGGAGAAGGAGCAGGAAUACCAGUUGGCCAUGGUGAAGACCCAGGACACUCUCAAAGAGACGGAGGGGCCCGACAUGAAGGAGAAAAUGAAGGAGCAAAUCCGACAGUGGUUUAUCGAGUGCCAUGCCCUUACUGGCCGAUUCCCUGAUUAUCCAGAUGAGUCUUUAGGUGGAUCCUACAUGAUCUUUGCAGACAAGACUCCAGAACAGGUGAAAAUGGAACUGGAGAUUCAGGCCCAGGAGGGUAAAAAAAAGGACCAAGAGAAAAAUAAAGAGAAGGAAAAGGAGAAAACGGAGAAGAAGAAGAAGAAAGAGAAGGAAGAAAAGACCAAGGGAGGGGAAGCUGAUGCGACGCUGAAAGUCAUGCCAUCCAAGUUCGUCCCCAUGAUUAAUGCUGGGCACGAGGAGUACAUGAAUCUGUGGGGGAACCGGAAUGACAGCGUACACCCGAAUCCGAGUUUUGACCCCGAGACCCUCCGGGAGGAGAAGAGGAAGGAAAUGGAGCAGGAGAUCCGGAUCCAGGUGGAUGAGCUGAUGCGACAGGAGCUGAAGGCCUUGCACCUGGCUGUGGACAGGGAGGAGGGGAGACCCUUGAAGGUUCCGAAGAACAAAACUGGGAAGAAACCCGGGAAGAAGAAGAAGGAAAAAGACUUGACCUUCGGCAGGCCCGUGGACUCUCUGUUUAAAGAGCUGGUCAUGUUUGGCUUUCUUAAGAAGAGCGAGACAGUGGCGUUGAAAGACUAUAUUGGUGACUGCCUGUAUCUCGGAUCUACUCUGAAUUUGGCCAAGAAGUUGCCCAUGCCUUCCCUGUUUGACAUCCGACAGAACAUAGCCUUGUAUGGGGUCCUUCGGCUUGGCUCCCCAGAUAUACAUUCCAUGGCUCCCCUCAUCCGCUCCAUCCUCCUGGUGGGCCCCCCUGGCAUGGGGAAGAAGAUGCUGGUCAAGGCCGUGUGCACGGAAACCGGUGCCAACCUGUUCGACCUGUCACCUGACAACCUGCAGGGCAAAUACCCUGGCAAGGCUGGGGUGCAGAUGUUGGUGCACAUGGUCUUUAAGGUUGGACCAGAGCAGAUGGACCCAAAGCGAAUAAAGAAGGACCUCACCAAGGCCCUGCGACUGCUCAGUCCCGGAGACCGCGUGAUGCUCAUAGGGACCACCGACCGGCCUCAGCUGGCCGAGAUGAAGGGGCUGUGCCGGACCUACGAGCGCAUCCUCCUCAUGCCGAGGCCCGAUUAUGCUUCUCGCUAUGUGCUCUGGAAGCAUAUGCUAGAGGCCCAGGUAAGCCAGGCGGCCCAGAGCCUGGACAUCAGCGCCCUGGCCAAGGUGUCCGAUGGCUACACACCCGGCCACAUUGUGCAAGCCAUCCAAUCAGUGCUGACUGAGCGGCGGCUCCUGCAGUUGUCCAAGCGGCCCCUGGUGGCCUCAGAGUUCCUGGGUCACCUGGCGAAGCUGGAGCCGGUGUACAGAGAGGAGGAGGAGGCCUUGAAGGACUGGUACUUCAAGACCCCGAUGGGCAAGAAGAUGAUGAAGCUUAGCAAGGACCAGGAUGCCGAGGAGGCCAAGCUGGCGAAGGAGAAGAAAAAACGGAAGUGA